AUGGCAAGGAAGACUGGCGCGAAAAAUCAGGGAAGCAAGCAUGGCAAUGGCACGUCGAAACAACGUGGACCUUCUUCAGAUUCUCAAGCUCUGCGAACUCGUUCCAUGGAUGAACUUCUUACGGUCGAAGCGCUGGAUUUUGGUAUUGAGAAUGAGGUUUUCACUCCGAAAUCGGGACUCCAUCAUCUUCAGACUCCUCCUGUAGAAGUUGAUUUUGAUGAUAUACAGGAGGAGGUGGAUUACUGGAGUUCAGCAGUUGUGUGUUAUGUUGUUGGACAAAAUCCUCCUAUUAAUGUAAUGGAGGGAUUUAUUAGGAGGGUUUGGAGGAAUCUAAACAUUGAUAAGGUGGUAAGCAAACCUCUGGUAGUGAAGGCUUGGGAUGUUUACCUAGAUAUGGAGAAGGAAGAUGUGAAAUCCAUCCCCAUUUGGUGUAGGAAAGGCAAAUCUAAGUGGGUUUGGGUUAGGAAGACUGCACCAGUGAUAGAAAGGAGUGUAGUGGUGGUGAAUGAACCAGUUGUGGAUCCAGAUGGAUUCCAAAGAGCUCUUAGACCAAUAAGAGUUAGGAGUACUCCUGUGCAGCCAACUCAAAUCAAUAAUGGUUUUCAGGUUUUGGAGACUGAUGUGAGAAUGAGGUGGAAAACAUUGUGGGUGGUUCUGAUGGGGCUUAACCUAUCUCAUAAGCAAGAAGAGGUCAAAAGAUUCAUCCAAAAGUAUGAGGUGGGUUUGGUAGGUCUCCUGGAGCAUAAGGUAAAAUUGCCUAAUCUAGGCAAGCUUUGCCAAAAGGUUUUUCAGAAUUGGUGUUUCACUAGUAAUGCUAGUUAUCAUAAUGGAGGUAGAAUUGUGGUUGCAUGGAAGUCUGGAAGCUUUAAUGUUAAUAUUACAGCUGCUUCUAGUCAGUUUAUUCACUGUCAUAUUACUCAAGAGAAAAUAGGUAUGCCUGUUAGACAAGCUGAUAUUGUGGAUAUCAGUAACUGUAUGCAUGUGUGUAGCAUUGAGGAUAUAAAGAGUGCUUGGCAAAGUGAUUAUCCAAAUGCUGAAGUUUGCUUUCUACUUGAAGGGAAGUUUGCCCACUCUCCUGGUCUUCUCACUGUCUACCCUAGAAGUGAUGGAGGAAGGAAACCAUUUAAAUAUUUCACAAUGUGGAAAUCUUCUCCACUUUUUCUUGAUACUAUUCAAAUGGCAUGGAACUUCCACUGUUCUGGUAGUAAAAUGUUUGUUUUGGCCACUAAAUUGAAGAGAGUCAAGUCUUCUCUUAAGGAGUUGAACAGAGUUGGGUUCACUGAUAUCCAAGAAGCUGAUUUGAAGGCCUACCAUGGUAUGGUUUCAGCUCAGGAGGCCAUGCAUCAUAGUCCUCAUGAUAAAGAGUUAACAGAUUUGGAAUUACAAGCAAUUCAAGAAUAUAAAAUCACUCAUAAAGCUUAUUUGGACUUUCUGAAACAGAAAGUCAAAGUGGAGUGGAUUAAGGUUGGAGAUGAGAACACAUCUUUUUUCCAUCAAAGUAUCAAAAGUAGGAGGUUGCAGAACCAAGUGUACAAUAUCUUUGAUAAGGAUGGUGUAUGGAGAGACAAACCUGAUGAGGUGUCAGAUGCUUUCUUAACACACUAUAAAGAGUUACUAGGAAGUGUUCAAGAUAAUAGAACACAGGUUAUCAAGCAGAUAGUUCAGGCAGGUCUUAUUUUCCAGAAUCAUCAAAAAACUAUCCUAAAUGCUCCUUACACUGCUGAUGAGGUCAAGUCUGCUUUGUUUUCUAUUCCAGGAGUCAAAACUCCAGGUCCUGAUGGAUUUGGUUCCUAG